AUGGCUGCUCGAACUUUACGAAAACGUAAGGUUGCUAGUGGAGGGGAGGUGCCCACGAAGAGAAUGAAGACCGGGAGGAAGAACAAGGACCAGGUGGAAGAUGAGUAUUUGGAUGACCUUCCACACAAUCUGGGACCAGUUCGUGUUCCCCGGAAGAACAUUGAAACGAUUCCUACACCCCCAGAAAAUUUGGAAGAGACACAGGACUUGAAGAGAAGUACCAGAGUCGGAGAUAUCUCACCUGUGGCCAAAUCAGGGAUGAAAGCUGUGAAGCAAGGUUCGACCCAGGUCACGGAGUUGGCAACCCGAAGAUCCCUUCGCCCAAGGAAAUCGACAUCGAAAUCCUCAUACUUCGAAUCUGAUGACGAGACAAUAACUAAACCUCAAGUCAAGUCCACCCCCCUAAAGAUGGAGGUCAAGGAUGAGGAUCUCCAGGUGGCAAUGGAAGCACCAGUUCGGAAAACGGCCAAAAAAACGAAGGAUAACCCGUAUGGACUUACUCCUGGCAUGACGCCCUUUCCAGAGUGGAACGCCCCAUCAGCAGAAGAAUGUGAAGUGGUCUAUCGCCGACUGGCAAAAAUACACGGAGAGGCCAAAGCCCCCGAGAAGAUACCAGCGCCAUCUUUGGAAGUGUCGGGUUGCGGAGAGGUACCAUCUGUUCUCGAUGCCUUGAUUCGUACCCGCCUAAGCGCGAACACCUCCAACCGCAACUCAAGUGCAGCAUUCAGGGGGCUGGUGGCCACAUUUGGCACUGUUGACAAAGGUAUCGGAAAAGGCAGUGUUGACUGGAACAAGGUCAGAAUUGCUCCUUUGCCCACCAUCGUUGAAUCAAUCAAGACAGGUGGCUUGGCUCAGGUCAAGGGCAAGGACAUCAAGGCAAUCCUGGAGUUAGUUCAUGAAGAGAACACCAAACGACGAGAGGCAUUUAUGCAAGAGAAGAAAGGGGGGAGCUUGUCUGGUAUUGCCGGAGCGGACAACAAAACUCAGGGUCAAAAAGAUCUUGAAAUCUUGAAGACAGACCAAGAUAUUCUUUCGCUAGACCAUAUACAUGGGAUGGCUCCUGAUGAAGCCAUGCAGACACUCACUAAAUUCCCUGGCAUUGGCGUCAAGACAGCAUCUUGCGUUAUUCUCUUCUGUCUCCAACAACCUAGCUUCGCAGUCGAUACCCAUGUUCACCGCAUCAGUGGAUGGUUGAAAUGGAUACCCCCCAAAGCCACUCGAGAUCAAACAUUUAGUCAUCUGGAGGUGCGCAUCCCCAAUCAUCUGAAGUAUGGAUUGCACAAGCUGUUCGUCCAACACGGACGAAGUUGUAUCCGCUGUAGAGCAAACACAAGCGAGGGGAGCGAAGAAUGGAAUAAAUCAAAAUGUCCUCUUGAUGGACUGAUGGAGCGAACAGGGAAGAGACAGUAUGGAGGGAAAGCAGGAUUGAAGAAGCAGCUGAAGGAAGAGGACAGUGAUUAA